UCUCUUUUUUUAUAGCAAAUAUAAGAUCUAUCAAAGCAAAGCUCUGUAAUCAAGAGAAUCGGGAGAGGAAGAAGAGUAAUGUCAUGCAGCAUGGGAUCUUCAUCGUCUUGUUUUAAUGUGUUACUCAUCAUGAGCCUUUUGGUUCUGAGUUUGUCAGCUGAUGCAUACAAGAACUACACUGUGGGUGAGUCCAAAGGAUGGUUCGAUAUCCAGGAGAGACCCUCUGUAAACUAUCAGAAAUGGGCUGAUUCCAAAUCCUUUUCUUUGGGUGAUUUCCUCAUAUUCAACACAGAUAGCAACCAUUCAGUGGUGCAGACAUAUGACUUCAAAACAUACAAAUCUUGUGAUUACAACAAUAAUGAAGACAAUAGUACAAGAGAGUGGUCAGCUGCAAAACCUUCAGCAACAUCUCCACUUCCGGUCUCGGUAAAAGUUCCUCUUGUCAAAGAAGGUUCCAAUUAUUUCUUCUCAGGAAACUAUGAUGGUGAACAAUGCAAAUUUGGACAGCAUUUCAUGAUAAAUGUAACACAUGGUCAAGGCCUACCUGCUUUAUCAUCACCAGAUGAAGAUGAUGAGACGGCUCCUGGACCAGGCCAAUCUUCUCAAUCUGGUGAUGAUGAAGUUGCUCCUGAUACCAUAGUUCCAGCCAAUUUUGACCAUCCUAAAGAUAUUGAGAGUGAUGAUGGUGAUAGUCUGGUUAAGGGUCGUAAAAAUUCUUCUUCCAUAGCAAAAUAUAAUUUGUUAUGUUUAGUUUUUAUGGGGUUAUUGGCAUCAUUAUUUUAGUCAAUUCUCCUUCGGUUCUGAUGACUACAGGUUUUGUAUGUGUAAUAUAAGCAUGCUGUUUCUUGGAGUUAUAAAAAUAGUUACA